UGUUAACAGUUAAAUUAAUGUAUUAAGGGCUCCUGUUUAAGUGCCACUUCUUUUUCAGCUUAACUGCUGACUUUAAUGUCCUGCUUCUGGCUAAUUGUAAUGGGAGCUCUUUACAAAGCACAGGCAUGCUCUGCUGGCAAGGUGACACGGGCCUCCAAGGUAUGGGGAGAGGUCCCUCUACCAGAAGACUUGGAGGCGGAGAAAGAUGUCCAGGUUUCUCAGAGCUUACUGGAUGACGAUGAGGACUUUGUUGCUGAUGAAGCUUCAGGAGACCUACCCAGUGGAGAGGAUGAUGGAAGCACACCAUGGCCUCCAGUCUCUGAGAGCACAAUUUAUUACAGAGCUCUCGUCAACUUCACUGACUCCCUGGUGUACAGCCCUGAGCUCGAGGACAUCUACUCAACAGCCUUUAAUGAGAUCUCUGAAGCAGUGGUGGACACGCUGGAGUCCGACUACAACAGGAUUCCCGGUGUCCAGACAGUCAGCGUGGUCCUCAUUAAGAAGAUGAUAAGAGAGGAUGGCGUUGAUGUAUUUGUGGAGUUGGACGUGGGUUCUGACUACAACAGCGAUGAUGAACAGAUCCGCAAUGUGUUGUACAACGUUGUGAAGGAGGGAGCCAUUGCCUCUUACAUCACAUCAGUCCAGGGCUUUCAGUUCAGGCGGCUUGGGGAAGCACAACCUCUGCCUCCAGUGGAGCCUAUAGCAGUGCCAGUAACCCCCAGCAUCAGACCCUGCAUGGCAGAUGAGCACAGGUGUGGUGAUGGGACAUGUAUCCUGAUGGAAUACCUGUGUGACAACAGACCAGACUGCAGAGACAUGAGUGAUGAGACCAAUUGUGACAUAAAACAGCCACCCCCUCCAAUCUCCACAACCCCUCCCACCUCAACCUCCACCGUCAAGAAGCCCCCGCGGCCCCCUAGCCCACCAGGACCCUGCAGAGCGGAUCAAGCCACAUGCCAGAGUGGAGAGUGUAUCCCUCGAGACUACAUCUGUGAUGGAGAGAGGGACUGCUCAGACGGAAGCGACGAGUUCAGAUGUGGUACCCCAUCUCCUUGUGAACCCAACGAGUUCAAGUGUAAAAAUGGUCGCUGUGCCCUCAAGCUUUGGCGUUGUGAUGGAGACAACGACUGUGAGGAUAACUCAGAUGAAACAGACUGCCCCACCAAGGGUCCUGGUGACAGGUGUGCUCCUGAGCAGUUUGAAUGCCUGAGCGAUCGCACCUGCAUCCCAGCCAGUUACCAGUGUGAUGAAGAGCCAGACUGCCCUGACCGCUCUGAUGAGUAUGGCUGCACCCCUCCCUCUGUUACAAGCCCGCCAGAAGAGUCUGUGCAGGCAGCACGGGGGGCGACGGUGACGUUCACCUGUCAGGCUGUUGGAGUGCCAACACCUAUCAUCACCUGGAGACUCAACUGGGGACACAUUCCUGUCAGCGGCAGGAUCUCCAUGACCAGCGAGAACGGCCGUGGCACCCUGACCAUUCGUGAUGUGAAGGAGGCGGAUCAGGGGGCGUACACCUGUGAGGCCAUCAAUGCUAAAGGCCUGGUGUUUGGUAUCCCCGACGGAGUGCUAACACUGGCAUCCAAUCCAAAUCCAAGCAACUGUCCUGGUGGUCACUUUAGUGUGGAAGGCCGCUGUGUGUCCUGCUUCUGUGCGGGAAUCACCAAGAACUGCAAGGGAACUGGUCGCUACCGGAACCAGAUAAGCCUGCGUUUCACUGAUGAAGAAGACUUCAAAGGGGUGAAUGUCACCUACCCCUCCAGGCCAGGCACUCCUCCUCUCUCUUCCACUCAGCUCAUCAUUAACCCUGAGAUGGAAGAGUUCCAGCUUGUCGACCUGUCGCGCCGUUUCCUCAACCUUGACUCAUUCUGGACCUUGCCUCGCCAGUUUUUGGGCAACAAAAUUGACUCCUAUGGAGGAUCCCUGAAGUACAAGGUGCGGUACACACUGGCCCGCGGUCUGUCUGAGGUUGUGGAGAAGCCAGAUGUGAUGCUGGUUGGAAAUGGACGCAGGCUUGUGUACCGCAGAGGCAACCCCACCCCUGCCAAAGAUGUCAUCCAGAAGGAGGUCAAAUUCACGGAAGAUAACUGGCAGCACUCCAGUGGCCGCCCUGUGAGCCGAGAGGAGCUGAUGAUGACGCUGGCCAACCUGGACAGCAUCAGCAUCCGCACUGUCUACGACAACCACAUGGUCAGCGUGGCCCUCAGUGAUAUUGUCAUGGAUACCACCACUGUGGAGUUCAGCACUCUGGGUCAUGCAAAGAAUGUUGAAGAGUGCAGAUGUCCUCCUGGAUAUUCGGGCCUAUCCUGUGAGAUGUGUUCCUCUGGUUUCGAGCGUGUGCCUGGUGGCUCCUAUCUUGGCACCUGUGCUGGUUGUAAUUGUAAUGGACAUGCCAGCGCCUGUGAUCCAAUCAGCGGACACUGUCUGAGCUGCCAGCACAACACAGAGGGCCCUCAGUGUGACAAGUGUCGCUCAGGCUACUUUGGUGACCCCAGCCGAGGUCGCUCCGAUGACUGCAAGCCCUGCCCCUGCCCGUACUAUGAGACCUCACGGCGGUUUUCUGACACCUGCUUCCUAGAUGUUGACCAACAGCCAACAUGUGAUGCCUGCAGGCCCGGCUACACAGGAAGACGCUGUGAAAAGUGUGCUUCUGGUUACCAGGGUAACCCCCUUUUGCCUAAUGGAAAAUGUGUUCCUCACCAAAGCUCCACGUGUGAUAACAGAGGAGCUAUCAGCUCCAAUAGCAGACCAUGCAGCUGCAAGAACAAUGUGGCAGGCGCUCUUUGUGAUGAGUGUAAGCCAGGGUUCUUCCACCUGUCACAGGCUAACCCUGAGGGCUGUCUACGUUGUUUCUGUAUGGGCGUCACUAAACAGUGCGCCAGCUCCACUUGGAAGAGACAUCAGGUGCGAGGAGGGGUGAACGGGCAGCUCUUCACCCUCUCUAACAGCGCCAACACUAAAACUAUCUCUGAAGGCAUCUCCCAGAAGGGCUCCUCAGAAGUUGUCUACCGCUCCUUCUCCAGUGUCCCCAACGACAUCUACUACUGGGUGCUGCCUGAGAGCUUCAGAGGAGAUAAGGUGACGGCCUAUGGUGGGGAGCUUCGCUACACAGUGAGCUUUGAACCGUUUCAGCGCUCACUGGUGAUUGACGGUCAGCCAGAUGUGGUUCUCCAGGGCAAUGGCAUCUUCCUGGAACACUACUCUGAGACCAAGCCUCUCCCACGUAUCCCUCAAACUGUCACUGUGACCUUCAGAGAGUCUGCAUGGCGUCGCGCUGAUGGGCAGCCGUGCACUCGUGAGCACCUGCUAAUGGCUCUGGCUGACAUUACUGUCUUCAUGAUCAGGGCCACCUACGCAGCCAACAUGGUUGAGAGCAGUGUCUCAGACAUCAGGAUGGACAUUGCUGAUCCUCAAGCCACUGGUAAUGAACGUGCUAUGGAGGUGGAAGAGUGUGCCUGCCCUCAGGGAUACAGAGGACCUUCUUGCCAGGAGUGUGAUGAAGGUUACACUCGGACCAGCUCUGGCCUUUACCUGGGCACUUGUGAGAGGUGCGACUGCAAUGGUCACGCCAGCAGCUGUGACCCGGAGAGCGGCAGGUGUCUGCAAUGUCUCCAUAACACUGCCGGGCCGAGGUGUGAACGCUGUCAGUCUGGUUUCUAUGGAAACCCUUUAACAGGCGAUGCUCAGGCCUGCCAGCCCUGCCCCUGUCCUGGAACCGCUUCCAGCAACCAAUUCUCCCCGACCUGUUAUCUGGAGUCUGAUGGUCAGCCGACUUGUGACAACUGUCCACAGGGAUACACUGGCCGACGCUGUGAAAGAUGUGCUGCAGGAUACACUGGCAACCCACUGCUUGGACAGAGAUGUAAUGUUGGCAACAAUGAAGUCAAUGUUAACUGCUAUAACUGUGACCAAAGAGGAAGUGAAGGCUGCAAUGGUGGUGUGUGCCGCUGCAAGAUGAACGUUGAAGGCCCAUCUUGCUCUAACUGUAAGUCUGGAACCUUCCAUCUCAGCCCGGAAAACAAAGAUGGCUGCUUGUCCUGUUUCUGUAUGGGCGUCACUCAGCAGUGCUCCAGUUCUACUUACUACAGAGAUCUGGUGUCCUCAGUCUUUUCUCCAGGAAACUUUCAGGGAUUCGCUCUGGUCAACCGUCAGCGCACCAAUCGCAUCUCCACAGGUUUCACUGUUGAGAUUUCCACUGAAGGCACUCAGCUGUCCUACAGCAACUUUGACUACCUGGGACAAGAGCCUCAUUACUGGCAGCUUCCAGGGGUCUACCAGGGAGACAAGGUGGGUUCUUAUGGUGGUAAGCUUAAAUACACCAUCUCCUAUGUGGCUGGUCCAAGAGGAACGCUACUUGAUGAUGGUGACAUCCAGAUUAUUGGUAACGACAUCACUUUGGUAGCCCGUCAGCCCUGGCAGAGGAGGCAGCAGGGCAGCAGAGAGACUCACCAGUUUGAGGUUGUCUUCAAAGAGGAAAACUGGCGUCGCCCUGAUGGCAUGCCAGCCACCCGAGAGCACCUGAUGAUGGUUUUGGCUGAUCUGGAUGACAUCCUGAUUCGAGCAUCCUUCUCCACUGAGAUGCGGUCCUCCAGCAUCUUUGAUAUCAGCAUGGAAGUUGCAGUGCCUAACUACAGCGGCUUGGCACAGGCCUUUGAGGUGGAGCAGUGCCGCUGCCCACCUGGAUACCAGGGACUCUCUUGCCAGGACUGUGCACCUGGAUAUACUCGCACUGGAGGAGGUUUAUAUCUUGGCCACUGUGAGCUCUGUGAAUGCAAUGGCCACUCUGACUCCUGCCACCCUGAGACUGGCAUCUGCACGAGCUGCCUGCAUAACACGCAGGGUGAGCUGUGUGAGCAGUGUGCGCCUGGCUUCUUCGGUGACCCCACUGUUGGCACUCCAGAGGACUGCCAGCCCUGCGCCUGCCCUCACACUGACCCAGACAACCAGUUCUCCCCCACCUGUGAGAGCCUUGGAAAUGGAGGCUACCAGUGCACUGCAUGUCAGCCUGGGUACACUGGCCAGUACUGUGAACGCUGUGCUCCUGGGUAUGUUGGCAACCCACAAGAGAGAGAGAAGUGUCGUCCAGACGAUGCCGCAGCCUCCCUGGUGGUGAAGGUUUAUCCAGAGAGAGUCCAGGCAUCCCAGGGUGGCCAUGUCACUCUCCACUGUCAGGUGUCUGGCUCUUCUGUACACUAUUUCCACUGGUCCAGAGAGGAUGGACGGCCCAUCUCCAGCAGCGCUGACAGACGCAGACAAGGAGCAGAGCUUUAUUUCCCCAAUGUCCAGCCAAGUGAUUCUGGCGUCUAUGUGUGUACCUGUCACGACCAGCGCAGCACCAACAGGAGCCGUGCUGAAAUUGUUGUCACAAGUGUCCCAUCCAAAGCUAUUGAGGUGACAGUUGAGGAGCCCAAAGCCCAGACUGUCAGGGUGGGGUCUACUGUCAACUUCAUCUGUACUGCAAAGAGCAAGUCACCAGCCUACACCCUGGUGUGGACCCGGAUGGGUAACGGGAAGCUGCCCAACCGGGCCAUGGACUUCAACGGCAUCCUGACGAUUCAGAAUGUUCAGCCCGAGGAUGCAGGCGUCUACGUUUGCACGGGCUCCAACAUGUUUGCCAUGGACGAGGGCAAUGCCAUCCUCUAUGUGCCAGAGGCCUCACAGACUCAGAUGUUUUACACAGCCUAUGAAAUGUUUGAAGGACACAGAAAGCCUGCAGAGGGGGCCCAGCCUGUGGCCACCAUCACUCCCUCAGUGCUGAAUGUCCAGCAGGGCCAGCGGGCAGAGUUUCGCUGCACAGUGACUGGGAACCCAACUCCUGCCAUUGAAUGGAUUGGACGUCCGGGGAACAGAAUGAGUCCCAGAGCUGUGAUACGAGGUGGCAUACUGACCAUCACAGCAGUGGACCCAGCUGAUGAGGGAGAAUACACCUGCAAGGCCCUGAACACUCAUGGGGAGCACACAGCGCGGGUUUCCCUCUUUGUCCAAAAGUCUAACCCAAGUGGCCUAGGCACCCUGCCCCAAGUCCAAGUCAGUCCCCAAAAUAUCCAUGAAGUCCAUGAAGGCGACACCUUGAGGUUGUACUGCCGAGCAUCAGGAACGCCCACCCCGAAGCUCACCUGGCUGAAAAACGGAGGACAAAUCCCUCAACAGGCCAUUCCCUCUCACGGUUUCCAUCAGUUUAAAAGCAACAGUCUCGAUGUGUUACAGAGACGUAUUGAGGAGCUGCAGGCCCGCAUGGAACGCACUGACAUCGGUACUCUGCUCAUCCCCAACAUCAAGAUAUCCGACUCAGGCACUUACAUGUGUGUUGGUAGCAACAGCAUUGGCUCAAAUAGUGCUCCCAUUAAAGUCACUGUGCUUAAAGCGGACCAUAGCUCUUCCGUGGUCAGCAUCCAGCCAUCUAUAGCUAAUAUUGUAGAAGGCCAGAGUCUGGAGCUCAACUGUUUUGCUCAUGGAAAUCCUCCUCCCAAAGUCACCUGGACGAGAGCCAGCGGACACCUCUCCUCUAACCAUCAGGUUCUGGGCAGUCAGCUGCGGAUCCUGUCAGCCACUCCAGAGGAUUCAGGGGAGUAUAUCUGUCAGGUGCAGGGCAACCAUGGAAACCAAGGAUCCCAUGUCCACCACGCCUCUGUCUCUGUGUCUGUCACUUCAUCCUCUUCACGUCCUCAGAGUCCAAUCAUAGCCAUUGAGCCUCACAGUGCUGCAGUGCGUGUGGGGGAGUCGGCAAGCUUCAGGUGCAGGGUGUACCGCGGAGCCCAGCCUGUCAGAUUGGAGUGGAAACUGGCCGACAACCAGCCACUGCCAGAUAAUGUUAAAGCUAGCUCUGAUGGUUCUGUUAUUACCAUUACCAAUGCCCGCCCUGUGAACCACGGUGCCUACCGCUGUGUGGCAAGCAACCCGUUCGGCAUCACACACACCAUUGUGUCUUUGAUUGUCAAAGAGUCUCCUGUUGCCACCGUCACUCCUCGUGGACCGGUGCACAUCAGGGUGGGGGAACCCAUUAACCUGGAAUGCCAGGCAUCAGGAGAGCCCCGACCCUCAGUCUCAUGGCACAGGCUGGACAGCAACCGCAAGACCAUGCUGAGCAGCCCCGUGCCCAUGGAGUCCAAUGCAGUCAUGCAGAUACUAGUGGCGCGUCCAGAAGACAGUGGCACAUAUGUAUGCACAGCUCGCAACAGCAUGGGCACUACCGAGACCAGGGUGGAGGUCAUCGUUGAGGGAGGGGCUCGAGUGCCCACAGUGCCUAGGGCCUCUGUUCCUGAGCCGCUGAUGGUUACGGUGGAGGGGCAGACUGCAACGCUGCGCUGUGAGGCCCAUGGCUUCCCAUCCCCGUCGAUCACCUGGUCCAAGCUGCGGUCUCCUCUGCCUUGGAGACACAAGGUUGUGAAUAACAGCCUGGUGCUGCCCAAUGUGGGCCGCCAAGACUCUGGAGAAUACAUCUGCAGUGCCACCAACAACAUGGGCACCACUGAAGUCACCAUCAUGCUAGAUGUAGAGACCCUUCCUUAUGCCACUUCUCUGCCUGAUGAUGUGGCUGUGCGGGUCGGGGAGGUGAUCAGGUUGCAGUGCCUGGCCCAUGGCACUCCUCCUCUGACCUACACUUGGACCAAGCUGGAUGGAAACCUGCCACCGAGGGCCGAGGUUAGCGGAGGGGAUCUUCAGAUCAACCUGGCUACUGCUGAGGAUGCUGGGAGCUACAAGUGCAUAGCCAGCAAUAAAGUGGGCAACAGCGAAGUGGUUGCUAAAGUAACAGUCAGAUCCCCCUUGGCAGUGCGUGUGUCACCCCAGGUUGAAGUAAAGGCCCAGGGCAGUGCUGUUGAGUUCACCUGUUCGGCAGCAGGUGGUAUAGAAACAAAAAUUGAGUGGCUGAAAGAAGGAGGAGCCCUGCCACCAAACCACCACAUCAAGGAUGGGGUGCUCAGGAUUGAGAACCUUGAGCAGAGCAAUGAAGGUGUUUAUAUCUGCAGAGCCAGCAGUGUGUAUGGUCAGGCACAGGACACUGCCAGGUUGACCAUCCAAGCGCUACCAAAGGUGAUGAUCAAUGUGCGUACUUCAGUACAGACUGUGAUGAUAGGGAACUCCGUGGAGUUUGAGUGCCAGGCUGUUGGUGACCCUGAGCCCACAAUUAAGUGGAGCAAAGUUGGUGGGUCCCUGCCCGCACAUAUCAUGGUGAAGGGCGGCAUGCUGAGGAUCGAUCAGGUGACAGAGGCCGAUGCAGGACAGUACCGAUGUACGGCUACCAAUAACGUAGGCUCAGUACAGUCCCAGGUGGUCCUGAACGUCCAGUCCCUUCCUCAAAUUGCUGCGCUGCCUGAAACUAAGGAGGUGACAGUUGGGUCUGAUGCAGUCUUGCCCUGUGUGGCUUCAGGAUACCCUGUACCUGAGAUCAAAUGGUCCAAGGUGGAAGGAGAGCUCCCUCCUAAGUGUUUCCAGGAAGUCAACGUGCUGACAGUUCCUCGGGUCACCCAUGAGGAUUCUGGGACAUACGUCUGCACCGCCUCUAACAAACAGGGAAAAGUGGAAGCCUUUACUACACUUCAAGUUCACGAGAGAGUGAUGCCAUACUUUGUCCAGGAACCCUUGUCCUACCUGACGUUGCCCACCAUCAAAAAUGCCUACAAGGCUUUCAGCAUUAAGAUCAACUUUAGACCUGAUAAUGUUGAUGGUCUCAUAUUGUACGCUGGUAUGAUCCUCUACAAUGGCCAGAGAAGGACCACAGGAGCAGACUUUAUCUCUCUGGGACUUGUGGGCGGCCGCUUAGAGUUCAGGUUUGACGUGGGCUCCGGCAUGGCCACCAUACGCGACCCCAACCCUGUCAAACUGGGAGAGUUUCACACAGUUGAGCUGUAUCGCAACCACACCUUGGGCUACAUCAUUGUAGAUGGAGGGGAGCCCAUUAACGGCAGCUCACAGGGCAAGUUCCAGGGCCUGGAUCUAAAUGAGGAGCUGCAUGUGGGUGGUUACCCCAACUACACAGUCCUCGCCAAAACUGCUGGCAUUAAGACUGGUUUUGUUGGCUGUAUUCGUCAGCUGGUCAUCCAAGGAGAAGAGGUCAUCUUUAAAGACCUUGACCGCAGCUCUACUGGUGUUACAAACUGUCCCACCUGCAAGGACCACCCAUGCCAGAAUGGAGGGAGGUGUGAGGACUCAGAUGCCAGCUUGUAUAAGUGUAGCUGCCCCAGAGGAUUCACAGGCAGCAACUGCCAGCACCACUCAUCCCUGCACUGUCACUCAGAGGCCUGCGGACCAGAUGCCACUUGCAUUAGCCGGCCAAAUGGCCUGGGCUAUGACUGCCGCUGCCAUCUUGGCAAGUUUGGAAAUAAAUGCAUGGAUGGGGAAUUGGUGACCACUCCGCUGUUUGAUGGUGAGGAAUCAUACAUAGCCUAUCCUCCCCUGACCAACAUCCACGAUGACCUGCGCGUUGAGCUGGAGUUCAAGCCCCUGGAAAGAGAUGGUGUGAUGUUCUUCUGUGGAGGGAAGAAAAUGAAGGUGGAGGACUUUGUAGCCAUCUCCAUGGUGGAAGGACAUGUAGAGUUCAGAUAUGAACUGGGCACAGGUCAGGCAAUCCUUCUCAGUCCAGAGCCAGUCUCUCUGGGCCAGUGGCACAGAGUUGUGGCCGAGCGAAACAAGAAGGCCGGCCACCUGAGGGUGGACCAAACCCCAGUGGAGAGGAAGACCUCUCCAGGAAAAGCCCAGGGCCUCAAUAUCCACACCCCCAUGUACCUGGGAGGAGUCCCCAACAUGAACAUCUUGCCUAAGCCUGCCAAUGUCAGCGAAAUGUUUAAGGGAUGUAUAGGAGAGGUUUCCAUCAACAACAAGAAGGUGGAUCUGUCCUACAGCUUCAUAGAAAGCAGAUCUAUCCGCAAGUGCGUGGACAACAGCCCCUGUGACCGCAGGCCCUGCCUGAAUGGUGGUCACUGCAUGUCGAGUGUUGAAUAUGAGUACCAGUGCCUCUGUAAGGAUGGAUUUGAAGGUGAGCGUUGUGAGGUGGUGAAAGACGUGUGCCAGAGCAACCUUCAAUGCCAGAAUGGUGGCAGAUGUGUAAACGGCCAGUGUGUGUGUACAUCCGGCCACAAAGGCCUGAACUGUGAAGAAGGCCAGGUCUCCAUCUUUCCCGAGGCCCUGUGGAAUUUGGAAGCUAGCGAGGCAAAUGAUUCACCCUAUCCGUAUGCAGCUCAUUUCCACAAUGAUGGAUACAUUGCCCUUCCUAAAUCCAUUUUUCCAAGGAGUGCUCAUGACUCACCAGAGACCAUCGAACUGGAGAUUAACACUGACUCCUCUGAGGGCCUGAUCUUGUGGCAGGGAGUAGAAACCAAUGGCGCACGCAUUUUGCGAAAGGUGCAUGCUAGUAAAAAGGAACUUGGAGAACACGGCAAAGGCAAAGACUUCAUUAGCCUCGGGCUACAAAAUGGACACCUUGUUUUCAGUUACCAGUUGGGCAGCGGAGAAGCAGAGAUUUUGUCCCAGAAGUCCAUCAAUGAUGGGAGAUGGCAUAAAAUCACAGCCGUCAGAACUGGAAAAGAUGGAUACAUCCAGAUUGAUGGAGGAGCCGCACAACAUGGACAGUCUAAAGGCAGAAGCCUCAUGGUCAACACCAAAGGCAGCAUAUACCUGG